UUUCAAAGAAAUACAACAAAAAAAUACAGAAACUCUUCUAUUGUUUUAAUUUUUUUCAAUUUCUGUUUCCUUCCGUCACAAAACCAUGCGAAUUAUUUGCUGAUUCCCUUUUUUAAAUAAUUUUGCGUUUUUUCCUUAUUAAUUUAAAAUUAUAACGUUUAAAAUGGACAAAACUCAAGAGAACAAGAAAUGUUUCUGUACGAGAUGUUUCUUCCCAAUUGAAUCUGAGGACAGGGUCGAUAUUGAUGGACAAAAUUUUCACAGAAUUUGCAGCAUGUGUUGCAUCUGCCGAAUGCUACCAACCUCAUUGAAAAUGUUUUACGGCCACGUGUUCUGCAGCGAUUGUUUCAAGACCCACGUGAUGUCGAGGUUCAAGGGCGACAAUCCGCACGUACACUCCCAGAGCUGGUGGAUGCAGUGGGGGCCUGGAACUAAGCCUCAGGACCUAAAGAAUACUAAUACGGAACCCGAAACCUCAUCCGGAGAACAUUCCAAGCGUUUUAUUUGUGCGCGCUGUUUGCAACCAGUGGACGACAUUCACAGAAUAACGAUCGGUGACCAGAGCUUCCACGCACAAUGUGGCCAAUGCUACUUUUGCCAUAAAGUUCCUUCAACGAAUCUAAAGAUCUACUACGGCCAAGUGUUCUGCGAAGAGUGCUUCCACCGUCACGUCCUGAGUCGCAAUAAAGACAACCCUUCAGAAUUCUUCAAAAAUUGUUUUGAACAGUGGCAGAACAGUCCACAGUUUGCGGAUAACAUGAGAGACUUCAUGGGUGGCAACAGGGAGUCUACACCCUUCAUCUUCAUGAUGCAGGGCCAGCAACCGCCCUUCUGCAGAUGCGGCACCGGUCCUCAGGGUCUAUUCCAAAACAAUGAGCCCAGGCCGAAUGAAGCAAGGAAAUCUGCGACACCGCAUACGAUCUCUUUCGGUGAGGAUUCCCAAAGCUGUGAUCUAUCCUUCGAGAAUCGCACCGAAGUCUCCAUCCCUGAGUCGAAUGAAGAAUCAGCAAAACAAGAAAAUUUGAAUGUCACUGCAGCUGAAAAAAUAGAAAAACUUACAAAAUACCUACAUGAAAGAGUAGCACUGGAAAAAUUUGACAAAAAAUGGAAAUUUCUCGAUUUCGAGUCUUCAAUGGAAGAAUCCGUUUGUGGUUGGAUAGAUUUGCACGACCAAGCGUUGAGUCGGGACUGUCCAAAGUGUUUAUGGCAAUGUGGUCCUAUUUAUGUAAACAGUAAAUUUUAUGUACAAAAUCAAGUUGUUUGAAGAUUACAUUAAAUUAUUGUGUAUCUA